AAUGGCUUUCUACCAAAGUAUUUUUUUGGCUUAUUGGAACUACUUUUUCCUCAGGUCCUGCUUGAUCCAGAUUCUCACCCCAAAAGAGAUAUUUUUGAAGCCUAUUGACAAGCCUCUACAAAUAUCCAAGGUUGAAGACUGAUCUUGAAAUCAUGGACUGCGGUCCCAAAUUUGUUGAAACUCUAAAGAGGAUUGGCUAUCCAAAGGCAGAUUCUCUUAAUGGAGAAGACUUUGAUUGGCUGUUUGAAACACUGGAAGAUAAGUCAUUUCUAGAAUGGUUUUGUACGACAUUGAAUGAGAGUCAUACCUUAUCUGAAGAAGAGCUGCAGUCAUUUAAUCUGCUCCUUAAAUCAGCAAACCCACUAUUAGAAGAGGAUGCUCUAGAUGAAGCGCUGAAGACAUGUAAGUCUCUUGAACUUAAAACCAACAGUUGUGAUGAAGACAAAGAAGAAAACCUUAAAAUAUUAGAGGAUGAGCUUCAGACCCUUCAAAAAAGGAAACACCUAAAAAGCCGUCGUCGGAACAAGCUUCAAUCAGUGGCCUCAGCCAAUAACCUUCUGUGCCUGAAGCUGAAAGACACAGGAGAGGAAAAACCUAAAACCCUGAAAGAGGCGCAGGGAAUUCUCAAUGCCAUGAAUACAAAGAUAAACAACGAGCUGCAGUCUCUUACUCAAAAAAUUGGAAAGUUGACCUCUUUCUUUGCUGUUGCAUCCAGACAACAAGAAUUGGACCCUGCUCCUGUCCUUUUAGCCCAACUUGCCUUAGAUAAAUACUUGUGUCAAGAAGAGCAAAGCACAGCAGCCCUUACUUUGUAUACAAAAAAACAAUUUUUCCAAGGUAUAUCUGAGUUGGUUGAAAGUUCUAAUGAAGACAAUUUUCAGCUUGUAGAUAUAAGGAAUUCUUUUACUUCUGAUGAGAGCAAUGAUGUAUGUGAGGAUAGGCAAGAGCUAACCAGGUUGAAGAUGGCUUAUGUUUGUGCUCGGCAUCAGCUGAUUCAGCAAGAAGCUAAGAAUCUAAGCAUGAAAUCGGGUCUCCAGUGGGCAGAGGAUAAUAUUUGUUCUUUAAAGAAGACUCCUGGAAAGGAAAAUGUUGAAACCAGAAUUUCUAGCCUGAACAGCGACAUUUCAAAACUCAAAAAGCACUUGGCUCAAAUAAACAAUGAAACUCUACCUUUGCUAGUAAAGGAGGAUGCAGAGCUAUUGAAUAUGCCUGUGGUGAGGGGUGACUUUGAUUUGCAGAUUGCUCGACAGGACUACUACAUAUCAAGACAAGAUCAAAUUUGUAAUCAGUUGAUCAAACAGAAGGCAUCCUUUGAACUUCUUCAAUUGGCUUAUGAAAUUGAGUUGAGAAAACUUAGGGAUAAUAGCCGUCUCCUGGAAAAUAUAGUACAAGAUCUGAAACAGAGCAGUAAUACUUUGGUGCAGGUACUAGAAACAAUGUCAGAGCCAUCAAUAUCCCAUCAUAAUAUACCAAGAAACACUAUUGAUUCCAAAGAUACUACUGCACAGAGGCUGUGUCAACUUCUGGAAGGAAGUAAUUCAAAGCAGUUGUUCAGAACAUAUGAAGGCCUUGAGCAGAUGGCUGAAAAAUUACAUCUAGACACAAUGUCAGUGGUUGAUCAAUUAGCAGUAUCUAGCCAAGAACAAAUUCUUCUGUCAAAGAUGGAUGCUGAUCUAGGCUCACUUCACAAUUCUAUGUACUGUGGAGGAGAAAGGGUCUGUCUUAGUAACCUGGAACUGGCUGAGCAGUUUCACCAGCAGGAAUUUCUGUUGAAUAAACUGAAUCUUCUUAUUGUGGAUCUUCUUGCUGAUAUAAAGGCUAAGAAGAAGGUUUUGGAGAAUGAUAAAUUACAACAGAUGGAAAGAAAACUGUGGGUGUACUUCUUCAAAGAUGAAGAAUGCUUGAAGAAUGCUGUGGAGAGAAUGGAACAGCAGGCUAAGACUCAAGCCUUGUCUUAAAGAUUAAAUUUUAGAUAUGUGUUUGAAAUGUUUUUUGUGUCUUGUACUGAACUUUGAAAUGUAACAAAUGGAGGAAAACUCAGAAAAAGGCUUUUCCUGCAGCAUCAGGAAAGCACAAAGUGUGUGAGGCACUCAGUUACUGAAUCAGGCAAUUGUGCAUCUUAAAUAGUUCAAGUACGGAGGGCAAAAAUAAUAUGAGAAAUGUCUUCAGAAGACAAGGCCUAAUUAUUUUAAGUUAACUGAAAACUAUCAAGAAACAACCAAUGUAACAAACAGAGGGGGAAAUCUUAUGGUUGAUAUCCAGCAAAAUAACUCUCAGAGUAGACCUGCUAGAAUAGUUCAUUAAUAUCAAUGGGUCUCCUCUGAGUAUGAUUUAGUUACAUAUUAACAUACAGUAGCUUGCUACAAGGCUUCCAAUAUUUAUCAUACUGUUUUGGAUGAGAAAGUUUAUCAUAUUUUAUCAUACUUUAUUUUAUGCAAAAUAUUUUAUUUUAUGGACAAAAAGCACCAACUCAGAAUUGGAAGAUAGUUCAAUCCUCAGAAAAUUGGUCCAUUGGCCUUUUCUUUCUUUCUAGAAUUAACAAUUCAUCAUUGCACCAUUGCUCUUACUAUGUAGACCUCAUCUUGUAUGUAUAUAAAACAUUCCAAGUAUGCCUAUUUUUGCCUAAUGCUUGUAUAGCUUACAUUACCUACCACAGACUUUACUUCCCUGAUGUUCUGUAGAAUACCUUACACAAAGACCCCACUGCAGUUAAUAGAAUUGUUCAAGACUUGGCUACAAGUAAGCUCUAAAUGCAGCGGGACUUACUUCUGAGUGGAAAUAUAUAGGAAGCACUGUUAAUAUACUGUACUUAAUGCACAAUUAAGGAUUGUUGCCUUUAAUCUCAAUACUUAAUUCCCAUAAACCCUAUAGAGUUUAAUAUUACUUCCAAGUUAAGUGCUUUUUCAAUUAGACUGUAAAUGUUGAUAUGAUUGAAGUAUGAUUUAGUGUUCUAAGUAAACCACUAAAC